AUGGUCCCCGAGGACAGAUCGGACGGCCCGGGAGCCGGCGAGGAGAGCGCCCGGCUGCAAGCGGGCCCCAUCCGCAAGGGCUGUGACCUCUCGGCAGAUUCACCGCCCGGCCGCCUGCAGAGCCGCAGGGCCCGGAUCCACCAGCAGAUUGACAGGGAGCUGAGGAUGCGGACAGGCGCUGAGAAUCUGUACAGAGCCACCAGCAACGCCCGCGUCAGGGAGACUGUGGCCCUGGAACUGAGCGACGUCAACUCCAGCCUGCAGCUGCUGAAGGAGGAGCUGGCGGGGCUCGACAGCAGCGGGGACACGGGCCAGCCCGAGAGUGAAGGCGUCACUGCCCCCAUGAUCCCCCUGGGGCUGAAGGAGACCAAGCCCCUGGACUGGGCCCCCUCCCUGAAGGAGCUGAUCUGCAGGCACUUUGGGGAGGAUGGAGCUUCCUACGAGGCUGAGAUCAGGGAGCUGGAGGAACUGCGGCAGGCCACGCGGACCCCCAGCCGGAGCAAGGCCGGCCUGGAGCUGCUCACGGCCUACUACAACCAGCUCUGCUUCCUGGAGGCACGCUUUGUCACCCCUGCCCGGAGCCUCGGGCUGCUCUUCCACUGGUACGACUCGCUGACAGGGCUUCCAGCCCAGCAGCGGGCCCUGGCCUUCGAGAAGGGCAGCGUGCUGUUCAACAUCGGCGCCCUGCACACCCAGAUCGGGGCUCGCCAGAACCGCUCCUGCCCUGAGGGCAUCAGCCGCGCCGUGGAAGCCUUUCAGAGGGCUGCUGGGGCCUUCAGCCUCCUGAGGGAGAACUUCUCCCAUGCGCCCAGCCCGGACAUGAGCCCCGCCUCGCUCGCCAUGCUGGAGCAGCUCAUGAGUGCCCAGGCCCAGGAGUGUGUCUUCGAGGGCCUCUUGCUGCAGGCCCCUGGGGCCGCCCACGACUGCCUGGCCCAACUGCGCCUUGCCCAGGAGGCGGCCCAGGUGGCGGCCGAGUACCGGCUGGUGCAUCGGACCAUGGUCCAGCCGCCCGUCCGGGACUACGUGCCCUUCCCCUGGACCACCCUGGUGCACGUGAAGGCUGAGCACUUCCACGCCCUGGCUCACUACCACGCGGCCCUGGGCCUGUGUGACAGCGCCCCGGUGGCCGAGUCGGAGCUCCCCAUCCUUGAGAAAGUGUUCCUGGCCUCGGCUGAGGCCCGGGGCCUGGUGCUGCCCCAGGAGCGCGAGGAACGCAGCAAGCUGGGCAAGGCCCACCUGAGGCGGGCCCUCCUGGGGCAGGAGGCGGCGCUGCAGCUGCACGCCGUGUGCCGAGCCCUGCGCUGGGAGGACCUGCUGCAGGCCGUGCUGGCCCGGGCACUGCGGCGUUCUCUGGCCAAGUACUCGGAGCUCGACCUGGAGGACGACUUCCACGAGGCCACCGAGGCCCCUGACAUCCAGCCUAAGACGCAGCAGAGGGCAGAGGGAAGGACACCCAGCUUCUCCCGGGUGAAGGUAGCUGAUAUCUUCCACCGGCUGGGGCCCCUGUCCGUGUUCUCAGCCAAGAAUCACUGGCGGCUGGUGGGGCCCAUUCACCUGUCUCGAGGAGAGGGAGGCUUCGGCUUCACGCUGCGGGGAGACUCGCCUGUUCUCAUUGCUGCCGUCGUUCCAGGGGGCCGGGCUGCGGAGGCCGGCCUGAAGGAGGGUGACUACAUCGUGUCGGUGAAUGGGCAGCCGUGCAGGUGGUGGAAGCACGCGGAGGUGGUGGCCCAGCUGAAGGGUGUGGGCGACGAGGGCGUGAGCCUGCAGAUGGUCACGCUGCUGCCUGCUGCUGAGCUGCCCGUCUCGGGGAACCGCCGGCCAGCCCUUGGGGGGCUUCUAAGAAGCCAGAAGGAGUGUGGCCAAGAGACACCAGUGCCCUCACGAGCCAGCCCGAGGCCCAGGCCCCUCCUUGGCUGGAACCGCAAGGCCAACAGGGGCAAGACUGGAAGAAGGCUGUCCCCAGCCCCACAGCCCUGAGCUGCUUGCUGCCCUUACCCUCUGGGUUGCCCAGGGUGGCGGUGAGGGGCCGGCUCCUCCCAUACAAGGGCCCCAGAGCAGGCUCCAGCUGGCUGGGAGUGAGGACCCUGUGCAGACCUUCCUGAUCCAGGACCCAGGAGCUUCAGCCAGUUUGCUGCCCCACCCAGUGCCCAGAGCUGCCCAUUAAAGACCAUGUCUGAUGAGA